AUGUUUCAAAUCUUUCGUCUUCAUACUUUGGGGAUGUUUGCGGUUUUCAUGGUGGAGUGUAGUGCAUUUCACAACGAAACCAGCGUCAACUGUAACAUCAACUUCACCACAUACAAAACCCCUGGGUGUGGUCCUUACUGCUGGAAGGGCAUGUGGGUGGCAAGUUCAGCCUUAACUAGUAUCAUCUGGCUAUUUGUUCUCUGUGUUCCAGUUGCAAACAGGCACAUUCAAGGCAUGCGUCCAGCCUCCAAUCUGCAAGUCAUGCGUUACCUCGUUAUCAAACCUUAUUUCUGGUACCUAAAUUUUAUUGUUUUUCUCGUGGUAAUCUACGAUACGAUAAUUCUUUCCCAGAGGGAUCAGAAGCACGUUAGCGGAUCACAGAAGGUGGAAGCCGUGGUAGUAGUGUCCAAGCUACUCACAGUAUGUCUGAUUUUUCAACUCAACUUUACUUAUCCUCCGAGUGGUAAUCUUUCCCCCAGACGUCUCAUCGCAUCCUGCUACUACAUAACGUUACUAAUUUUUGUCCUGGACUACCUUUGUAAAUUGAUAGAGCUUUCUAUUAGAAUUGCAUACAAGCUGUACAGUGUGAACUCCAGUGCAUCUGAUAGAGAGUUGCAGGUUAUCGGUUUAAUGCUGGAAGUUGCUGAUGCUCUUCUUUAUAAAUACUUCACACACUUUUUCUGG